AUGUCCGUGACACCCGACUGCAGUCAAUCCGGCCUGGUCUAUUCUGACCCAUCGCAGAGCUCAACAGUCCUUUACUGCCUUUGGAUCCCUUCAACACCAAUGAUCUUCACCUUCAGAUCAAAGGGCAAGGCAGUGUCCCGCGAUACCCUGGGCGGCCUGCCGUUGUCCGUUUGCGGCGAGGGCUGCGCGAGGCCGAACUCCAGCCACUCGUCAUCCGUGUCCACCGGGGCGGGAAGUACGAUGUGGAUGGCGUACGCAUCGGGCAAGUCAGACCCGACAGACAGCAGUGGUGUCACAGUAGUCACGACGCUCAUCACGAAAAAGGCACCAUGCCAUGUCUCUGACUUCCCUGACAUCGGCUGUACUAUCCAGUAUACUUGGAACCCAGCGACUCUGGAUAUCUUCUCGUUAGCAGACUUCCGUCGUAUCAAGCCCUUCAACCCGGCAGUCUCAAUUCAGCUGUUCUUACCGUUGCAUAGCACCGGGCAGCAACAUGUGGCUGUAUCUGCCUUUCAUGCUCCGCCCCUCCGCGAGAUGAAAGGCCGCGAGUUUGGUGGCCAGCCAAACAAUUCGGCAUUCACGACAGACUUGACUGGAGAAACGUAG